AUGUCUGUUCCUUCGGAUGUUGUGAUAGGAAGAGAAAUCUCUCAGGACUUAUAUGAGUUUGAAAUGGAAGGCGCUGACUGUGCGCUCCACAAAAGGCGUCUCGAACUAGGAGAUAAACUCGGGAGUGGAUCAUUCGGCGCUGUUUUCGAAGCCACAAUCAGUAUCGAGAGACCAGGAAAAAGUUGGAAACAUUAUCCUGUUGCUGUGAAAACAGCAAGUAGAGAGCCAGGUAAUAUGAUUAUUGGAGCAUAUAUAGAGACUACACUUCAAAGUGACUAUAUUGUUCCGAUGCAUGAUACCUUCUUUGUCGAGAAGGACCACGAGGCAUUUGCUGUUAUGCCAAGGGCGACUAAUGGCCACUUGGGUUCAUAUAUACACAAGUACGACAUUCCUGAAAAGGACGCCAACCAAAUUUUUAAAGGGAUUCUUCUCGGUUUAAAGGAAAUGCACAAUAAUGGCAUUAUGCACCGCGACCUCAAGCCAGAUAAUAUCUUGAUGUUCAAUACCAUUCCCAAAAUCGCUGAUUUUGAUACGGCGACAUAUGAUGAGCUCUCUAAAAAAUUCAAUGUCGGAACAACAGGAUACUUAGCACCUGGAAUAUGGCAAGGAAGUUGA